UACUCCUGACCGCCCCGCUGCCCUCCGUUUCCUAGGGGAGAAGUAUAAUAACCUCAUGGAGAGGUACAAGAAGCAGGUAGUCAAGUGUUCCGAGGAGUGUGAACCAAGAUAUAAUGGCCUGAAGAAGAAGUACACAGACGAGUGUGCAGAGAGGCGGCGUCUGUACAAUGAGCUUAUUGAGCUAAGAGGUAACAUUAGGGUGUUCUGCAGAUGCAGACCUCUGAGCUCUGAUGAGGUCAACCAUGGGUGUUUAUCUGUUGUUGAGAUUGACCCAUCACACGAGACUGAGCUGCAGUUUGUCCCCAGUGAAAAAGAAAGGAAGCCCUUUAAGUUCGAUCACGUUUCUGGGCCAGAGGAUGACCAAGGUUCUCGUGGUGAGGGUGGUAUCCUUAGAAAUAGUGAAGGGCCAUUGAAGGACCACAUUUAUUUGCAUCAAAACCAUCUGCCGCCUGAGGUACUCAAAGAAAGGCUCCCUGGUAUUUCUGAAACUGCUGCUAUUUUUGCUGGUGUUGACGUCACCAAGGAGCCCAUUCCAGUUUUGCCUACUGUGCACUACAAUAUGGGUGGUAUCCCAACGAACUACCAUAAGGAGGUAGUGGAUAUCAAGGGUGAUAAUCCAGAUGCUGUUAUCCCUGGUCUAAUGGCUGCUGGUGAAGCAGCCUGUGCAGCACCGCGUUGGUGGAUGAUUGAUCGUCCAGUUGUAUGUGACUAAAACGCCAUGCCUUGUGCAUUAGAGAAGAUACAGAAUCGUCAUGUCCUGUACAGGACAGUGAGCCAAAUUCUUGUUCAUUUUGCACUAUGAUACAGAUUGAUUCAUUAGGCCCUAGGUUGGAGGUUGUGACUGAUGAGUUGGGAAGAGAUUACUUGAUUGGUGGUGUACAAUUCUUGGAUAGGAUACAGGUUUCAGUUUUUGGUCCAUUAGUUCAGGAAUUGUUUCAUUUACAUGUAUAUUCAGUACACUCGUAUAAUGGAAACACGCAAAUCUCUAUCUCA